CAUUUCCACACGAGUCGCGUUGCCCGACCUUGUAACAAGCCCAUCCCUGGCAUACACAUAAUCACACUUUCUUUUCAACAUGUUCCGUUCAGCAAGUGGUCCCGGCGGGCUGAGUAUCAACACCGGCACUGCCAAUCUGUUUGGAAGUACACCCGCACACUCCACCGGCACCGGCACCGGCUUUGGCACGGCAACCGCCCAGCAACCGCAAAACACGGCAUCCUUGUUUGGAGGAGCACCGACUCCAGCCAGUGGAGGUUUGUUUGGAGGAGGAGCACCUUCGCAACAGCAACAGCAACAAACACCAAGUCUCUUUGGCCAGCAACCACAACAACAGCAGCCGUCGACCGGAGGUUUAUUCGGACAACCACAACAGCAACAACAACAGCAGCAGACAGGAGGAGGAAUCUUUGGCCAGCCUGCUCAGCAACAGCAAAAUAAUCCUGGUGGGGGGAUCUUUGGUCAACCGGCGCAACAACAGCAGCAGCAGCAACAACAACAACAACCACAACAACAACAAAUGUCUCUCUUCGGAGGAGGAGGAACCACGACGACCCCCGCCGCGACGGGCGGUGGCCUUUUCGGCGGCGGCGGCGUCGGCGCGACGGCACAACAACCGACGCAGCCGACUUCGCUCUUUGGCGGCGGCACUGCUCAACCAGCCCAACAGACGGGCACCACAACCUCCCUCUUUGGCACUGCCCAGCCAGCUCAACAGACCACCGGCACCACCACCAGCCUGUUUGGUCAGCCACAGCAGCAGCAACAACAGCAACAGCAACAGCCGCAGCAGCAGCAGACGACCUCUCUAUUCGGCGGCACCGGCGGCACCACCUCUCUCUUUGGCUCCAAGCCCGCCACCACAACCGGCACCACCAGCCUUUUCGGCACCACCCAACCCUCAACCACCACCACGGCCACUCAACCCACCACCACGGGCGGCGGCGGUGGUCUCUCCCUCUCCCUCGGCCAAGGCACCACCACUGCUUCCACUCAACAAAAUGCAGGCAGCAAAGUCGACCUCCCCAACCUGCGCUCCACCACGCGCUUCUCCGACCUGACCGACAGCCUGCAAUCCCAACUGACGCAAAUCGACGAGUCCAUCCAAAAGUGCAUUUCCGACUGCAACGCCAUCAACGCCUUCAUGCCCGGCCACGAACAACAGCUGUCUUCCAUUCCUUUGGACGUCUCCUUUGUCUCUCGCAAGUCCGAAGGCGCAGCUAGUGCUUUGAACAGUGACGUGCUGGCUAUUGCUUCCCUUAAGGAAACUGUGAAAAAGGACGCUGCCAAUGCGCGCCUCAGUUUCAAAGCUAUUGAUCAGCUGCGUUUGCCGGGGGGGUAUUGGCAGGCGGGUCUUUGGUCAUCCCGCUCCGCAGGCGGACAAGCUUCAGUUGGUGAAGAUGGUCAGAACGGUACUGGUGGUGCUGGAACUGCAAAGACAAAGAGUGUUGCUACGACCGGCGGUAAGUCGGCAGGUAGUGGAAGUGGUAGCGGUGCAGGAGUAGGAGGUGCAGGAGGAAAAGGAGGAGGCAAGACGGAGCAGGAGAUGGCAGACGAAGAGGAGGCCGACGAUGCGGAAAGUAAUCAGGAUUUGAUUGGGUAUUUCAGCAAGACGGCGGAUGAGAUGGAUGAGAUGAUGAAGCGGUUUGAGGAGAACUUGGGUGAGAUCGAGGUGCAUUUGCAUGGGGUGCAGGGUAAUGUGCUGGAGCAGUUGCAGAGGGCGGCGGCGAGCCAGAAGAUGCAGCUGGAUCAGGAGAAUGGCGUGAAUGGGGAGGGCGGCCAGGUUGAUCAGCGGGUGGUGGAGUUGGCGGCGGUGUUGAGGGACUUUGAGGAGAGUAUCCUCAAGGUGGCGGGCGUGGUGGGAGGGGUCAAGGAGGGUAUUACCGAGUUGCAGUUGAGGGAGUUUAUGGGAAAUGGUUCUUAGAUGGGCUGUUGACUGUUGACUUUUGACUAUUGACAAGAAAAGGGGGCGAGUGGAGAGGAAGGCUUUGUGAUUUGGUUUCUGUAGAAAAAGUAAAAUUACUUAAGAAGUUUGCUUGAAGAGAUGGUGGUGUCAAUACCCCCCGCGACAUCAUGGUAUGGAUUGCUAGCAGCUGGAGAUAGAAUAGUCCUUGCAACGUUUAUAGCAGUUUCAUCAGUUG